GUCCUCGCGGAGCCGCAUCCUUCGAGGCCGCCAUGAGAGUAUUUGGUCAUUACUGUGUGGGGCAUUGUUCUCAUACUUGCGGAUUGUGAAGUCGAUAUCCCUUGUCACUUUUUAUCUGCCACCAUUUCACUACGUGACCUCUUCGACAACCAAGCUGCUUCUCUAGAUGGCGCUGCCGGUAACUUCGAUAGGAAUGGCGCGACGUGUGCGGCACAACGGCCAGCAGGCUCAAGCUGUCGCCAUCACCCUUGUGAAUCUACUCCCAGGGAGCUAUGUGACUACCUCGAAUGCAUCUAUAGACUCGCAGUAUGAAAUCUCAGUAUCAGGCGAGGGCGUCUCUACAGUCACGCCUGGCCUUGUGUACCGCUUGACCACACAUGAGACACCCACGUGGUGGAGCCAGGCGAAGUAUGGAACCUUGUAAGUACUAGAUGGCUCUCUUGAGAAUUUAAUAUGAUUUGUGGACUCAUGCGGCAUUCACUGGGGUAUCUUCAGCGUCCCCGCUUGGGGCCCGCCUGGCUCAUAUGCGGAGUGGUAUGAAUGAGGAGGUUCCUCGUCAUGCUCUGCAGGCUUUUCUUAUACCAGAACAGCUGGUAUAUCCAUAAUAUUACGAACCCCAGCUCGCCGACGUGGGUACAUCACCUGUGUGCUUAUGGGAAGGUAACCAUGAUGAGUUUCCGGUCGGCGUUAGUGUUCAGACCUGUGAACUGCAGGACGUUGUAUGCGAUGAUUUAUUAUGGCGUCUACUUGAAGUCCCAGCGCUUAGUUAAAUUUGUUCACCGAAGUUGGGACAAAGUACUUUGUCCUUAUUACUGUACGAACGGCUUUUUAUUGGUUGUCAA